CAACAAACACAGCGUGUAGUGUGUCGGAUUUAUUGCAUGUAACGUUAACUGUUGGCUGUGGUGCUCAACAAUGUUACUUUCCGUUUCUUUUCAUGUGUUUUCUUAAACAUUUUGAAUUAGAAAUACUCGCUUGGCAAUAAGUUUUCACUUGGUCGUGACUGUUUGUAUCCCUGUUGAAACGUCUUUCUUAUCAGCUGUUAUCACUGAAGCUCAAAAAAAAUGCCUCGAAGUGCCACUUCCUCCUGUGGAAAGCAGUCGGGCAGCAGUGCUUUCACUCGCCGCUAUCGAACUCGAGCCCUCACCUCUCAUGUGGACGAGACCCUCUUUGGGACACUAAAACAGCAUUCUGCUGGUGAUAUGAAAGACGAUCCUGAAGACGAGAGCGUGAGAUCGAGGUCACGUUCUGCUCCUGCUCCCAAAGAGCCAAAGACAGAGACAGUGCGCAUCAUCACUAAAGACCUCAUCAGGGACCUCAGAAUCCCAAAUGAGGACCCAUCUGGCCAGUCUGUCAUCCUGUCCUCGGCUGAGUUCAGGCGAAUUGUGUUGGAAUCUCAUGUUCCCAGUUUAGAAGAGAAGGCAGCUGUGCUGGAGUCCCAACGGCAAGCACGUGAGGAAGCCAUGGAUGCUGCAGAGCAGAGAAAAGCACAGAUGCGUCAGGCGGACCUGUCUCGGCAAAAGAACCAGAACCUCAGUGAGCUCGAGGCAGAGGCAAGGGACCGGGCUCAGUACCUGUUGGAACGGGCCAACACCCUGAGAAUGGAACAAGAGGACGAAGUCAAGAAGCUCAAUGAGUUAAUUCAGGAAGUGCAGUGCCAUGUUGUCCGGGAUGUGCAGAUUCAGGAGAAGAAACUCAACAGUGCAGAGUGGUUGGAGGAAGAGAAGAGACUGGAUGCCAUGAUGGAGGUGGAGCGUCGCCGGGCCUUAGAAACCCAGGAACAAAUUGAACAGCUGCGAAAGCAGCAAAGGAUAAAUGGGAAGAUGUGUAUCCUGGACCAGAUCCAGAUGUGUCUGGAGGAGAAAAUGCUACAGGAUGAGUUGAAGGAGCAGGAGGGUCAGCAGUUGUUGGAAAACAUGGACAGGAUGCAGAUGGAGGAGCUCAAGGCCAUUGAACGGAAGAAGGAGGAGCAGAGGAAUUUACUUCAAGAGAUUCAGAAGAUAAAUGAAGAGAAUUUGCUUGCUAAAGAGCAGAAAAAGGAAGAAGAGAGAUUAGCAGAUCUGCGAGCUGUAGAGUAUACACGCAAAAAAUUGGAACGAGAGGCAGAGUAUGAAGCUGAGCAGAUACGAAUAAAGAAAGAAAAAGAGAAGGAAGUGGCGCGACUGAGAGCUCUUCAAGAAAGAGACAGAGACCAUAAAGCUGAGCAGGAUGAGAUCAGGGCACGGAGGAACCAAGAAGCGGCUGGAAGGGAAUGGAGAAGAAAAGAGAAAGAGCAGACUUUGAGAAAGCUGGAAGUGGAAGAGAAGCUAAAGGCUACUCGUUUGGAGCAAGUGACUCAUAAGGAGCACUUGCUGUCCAUUGAAGCUGGACGAGAGAGAGCAGAGUUUGAGAGGGUCCUGAGAGCACAACAGCAGCUCAUUGAGAAAGAACGAGAAAGAGAGAGGCAACUGCAUCAACAAAUCCAAAGGCAUGCUGAGGCCGUGAGGCAGCAGGUACGGGAGAGAGAGAUGCAGGCCAUCACCCAGCGCAGAGAGCUGUUCCGAGAGGGGGAGCGGCUGGAAGAGGAGGCACGCAAUCGCAGAGCACGAUUGGAUGAGAUUAAAGAAAAGAAGCUGAUGGAACUCAAGGCAGCUGGGCUCUCAGACAAGUACUACAAGGAUGUGGAGCGUAAGGUUCGAGCCCUUCCAGCUGUUUAAACUGAUGAAUAUAAGAAAUGGAGGAGAUUCUCUAAAUAAACAAAUGUGGCCUGACAUAUAAAACUGUAAAAA